CCAGGGGGCGAGCACAGCGAAGGGACAAGCGGCCGUCUGUCCCCGCCCGGCACGGAGCUCUUCUGUUCCGGGCUGGGCGGCAGAGGGACAACAACAAGCCCCGGCUCGCUGUGCUGCGGCUACGGAGAGAGGAGGGCCGCCGCGUGCGGGCGAGUCGGGAGGGCCUGAGAGAGCCUCCCUCGUGGGAGGCCGCCCGGCGACGGCGCAAGAGUUAAUCCAACCAGAGAGCGAGGAGGAGGGGAAGAGGGAGGGGGUGCUGUUGCCAGGGCGACGGCUCGGAGUGUUCCGGAUCGUACCAAUGCGCAGGCGGCGCGGGGAGGCGGCGCAGCCGAGCCAGGCCCGGCCCCACAGCCACCGCCGCCGCCGUCCUCGUCUCCUCCUCCUUCCCCCCUCCCCUGCCGGCCUAAGCCCGGCGGCGGGGCCCGGCAGCGAGCGAGCGCGUCGGAGCCUGCCGAACCGAGCGGAGGAGGCGGAUCCUGAGAGCGGCGGCAGCAGCAGCCCGGCGGCCGCGAGCCCCUUCCUUCCUCGCUCGCCUCGGCGGCGGCUCGGAGACAAAGGGGAGCCAGAGAGCGGGCCGGGGAAGCAGCCGCCUGCGGGACUGAGCGCGAUGCGGCGCGGGGCCGCCCCAGGAAAGCAGCGAGGCGGAGGCGCGGCCUGCCUGGCGUGGCGCGCCUAGAGGCGGCUCCAGCAGCGCUCCCACCUUGGGCCGAGCGGGAGAGGCGCAGGCGGCCGCCCUGGCGGCGAUGUGAGGCCCGAGCCGGAAGCCGCGGAGAGAGAGAGAGAGAGACGUAGCGGCCGAGGGAGCGGCGGCGGCGGCGGCGCUGCUGCGGAGAGGCCCGGAGGCUGGGUCGAAGCGCCGCGGCAGGAGGGCCCCGGCGGGUGCGUCGCCCCCCUCCGCCGGGCCCGGGAGGCUGCGCCGAGCGGAGCCGGAGCCGGGCCCGGGCGAUGGAGACGCACAUCUCGUGCCUGUUCCCGGAGCUGCUGGCCAUGAUCUUCGGGUACCUGGAGGUGCGCGACAAGGGCCGGGUGGCGCAGGUGUGCACGGCCUGGCGGGACGCCGCCUACCACCGCUCGGUGUGGCGCGGCGUGGAGGCCAAGCUGCACCUGCGCCGCGCCAACCCCUCGCUCUUCCCCAGCCUGGCGGCGCGAGGCAUCCGGCGGGUGCAGAUCCUGUCCCUGCGGCGCAGCCUGAGCUACGUGAUCCAAGGCAUGGCGGAGAUCGAGAGCCUCAACCUGAGCGGCUGCUACAACCUGACCGACAACGGGCUGGGCCACGCCUUCGUGGCGGAGAUCAGCUCGCUGCGGGCGCUCAACCUGAGCCUGUGCAAGCAGAUCACCGACAGCAGCCUGGGCCGCAUUGCCCAGUACCUCAAGGGCCUGGAGGUGCUGGAGCUGGGCGGCUGCAGCAACAUCACCAACACCGGCCUCUUGCUCAUCGCCUGGGGCCUGCAGCGCCUCAAGAGCCUCAACCUGCGCUCCUGCCGCCACCUCUCUGAUGUGGGCAUUGGGCACCUGGCGGGCAUGACCCGCAGUGCGGCCGAGGGCUGCCUGGGCCUGGAGCAGCUCACCUUGCAGGACUGCCAGAAGCUCAGCGACCUCUCGCUCAAGCAUCUGGCUCGGGGCCUCACCCGCCUGCGCCAGCUCAACCUCAGCUUUUGUGGGGGGAUUUCAGAUGCGGGGCUGCUGCACCUGUCGCACAUGAGCAGCCUGCGCACCCUAAACCUACGUUCUUGUGACAACAUCAGUGACACGGGCAUCAUGCACCUGGCAAUGGGCAGCUUGCGCCUUUCGGGCUUGGAUGUCUCUUUCUGUGACAAAGUGGGAGAUCAAAGCCUAGCUUAUAUUGCACAGGGCCUGGAUGGGUUACGCUCACUCUCCCUCUGCUCCUGCCACAUCAGCGAUGAGGGCAUCAAUCGCAUGGUGCGCCAGAUGCAUGGACUGCGCACUCUCAACAUUGGCCAGUGUGUCCGCAUCACCGACAGGGGCCUGGAGCUCAUCGCUGAGCACCUCAGUCAGCUCACAGGCAUUGACCUCUAUGGCUGCACUCGCAUCACUAAACGGGGCCUGGAGCGCAUCACUCAACUGCCCUGCCUCAAGGUGCUCAACCUGGGACUCUGGCAAAUGACUGAAAGCGAGAAGGUCAGGUGAGAGGAGGGGACACGCCGGAGAGACCCCCACCCCUCCGGAGACUCGCCAACUGACUGACUGCUGCAGUGGAGUAGAUGGGGGGGGAAGGGGGAUACACCUCCUACACUGGAGAAGAGGGAGGGGGAAAGUAUCCUCAGUAUUUGCCUGCCUGCCUGCACCCACCCUGCCCCAGCAGUGGAGAUGGGAAAGGGAGGGGGGGACCCACCAUUCUUUUAUAGUUCCCUCCCUUGCACUGGAGGGACCCAACUGCACUCUAUAUAUCUGCCUUCACUGUGGAUGGAUACAGUAUCACUGCCCUGACCUUUUUCUAUUGGGAAUGCAGCUUCUCAAUCUCUUAUGCACUGGGGAUGAAUACAACCCCUUUCUUCAAAUCUGAUUCCACCCCCUUCUGCACUAGGGAUGGAAAAAGAACAACCUAGCCCACUAAUUUGUUGUUUUACUCCAGACCUGCUCUUUGAGUGAGCACCUAAAUCUCUUCCUUUCCAAAACCUUUCCCAUUAUGCUUUCAUCUCCAGUAUGCUUUUUGUAGCUGGCCACCUCUUUCUUUCUACAGCAGAUAUAGUAUGUAGACAUGGAAUACUGUGCCCCUAACUUCCCUCACCCACCAUUUUCUGGGCUUAUGGCUAGAAGCAGCAACACCUUAUGCACUUUUCUCCUCUGGAGCAAGUGAUGUUUCCUUGACAUUCUGCACAAGAAUUGGAGUGUCAAUUGAAGUGCGCUCAUUCUGCUUGCUAUUUUUGGUGGAGGGGGGGAGGCGGGGGACAUUAAGCUACACUUUCCCCUCAUUCCCAUUUUAUGCUGCAUCCAACCCAUUCUGUCACCAUCUUUCCUUUGCCACCAAUUGAGCUUCAGCUCAACUUCUACAGAGGUUGAAGUUACAGCCUGGAAAACGUUUUACCAUCCCUACACUACCACCUCCCUCCUCCUCUUUAUCCCAUCUUUUUUUCUUUGCAGUUUGGGAUGAAAACAUAUCCAGCCACAUAUCUUUUUCCAUUUGGAGGGUGGGUUGGUAGGAAUGAUGGAAUCAAUCUUGACUGGUACUUUCACUAGAAAUACUGUGACCUGGUUUCUAUUUACAAACAAAUAAGCCUUCUUCAAAGCACCCAUCCCUUAUCCUUUCUUUUGACUGAUCUCAGCUUAAAAAAAAAAUUAUUAUUAUCCUCAGUAUUCAUUUUCUUACAUAGUAUAAUUUUGAAAGACACUUGAAGUGGCUGUUCUUGUGAGGGUUUUUAAAGUACCUUUUCCCCCUGCUGAAUAUACUCUCUCUAAAUGUUUGGCUACCUCGGUGGGUUUUUCUUUUCCCCUCCCUCUCUCCCCUUGCCCUGGAAUUUUUACAAGAAAGAUGUUGAGACUGAAAUAUCUUCUGCUGUUGCUUCCAUUUUUGGGGAGAGAGGAAAGGCUGGUUGGGGUUUCUUUCCCCUGUGUUUCCCACCUACUUUAUCUUUGUGCCUCUUCCUCCCUGCCUAAGGUUUUGGGGACCCAACAGUGCUCUUGCAUUUCUGUUCUUCUAGCACAAACACUUGUAACAUGUUAAUGUCCAAAUUGAUGAUUGGGCUAUGGUUAAAAAGAAAUGUGAAAUAGAAACUCAGUUUAUAUGCAAAUUCCCACCUCCCCUUCUCUCAAAUUACCUAGGUCAAGUAUGGAGCUUCCUGUAUGGAAGUUGAAAGAGAAGCAGAACAGCCUGACUUGCAGUUGUAACGUGAAUAGGAAAAGUCAAUUUCAUCUGUGUUUUCUGUUCUGCCAUUAAAAUAAAGGCAGUUCGUGACUACUUGUCUUUAAAAGGAGGAAUAAGACAACUUUCAAAAGAAAACAAAAAUGGUGGGGAAAGAAAGGAUUAAUUUGCAGAUUUUUAAAUCCUCCACAUUGCAGGCCAUGGAAUUCAAACAAGCCCAAACGUAUACCCCAUCAUAGAUUAAAUGUACUGUUUGUGAAUUUGUAUAAAAAUAAAGAUCCUCUUAAAACAUUUUAUAUUCUUACAGUAAAAGGUUAAACUGAUAUUUAUAUAAUAAAAGAGGAAAUAUGAAGUA